AUGGCGGCUGCCAGGUUACCACAUCGAGUUCUUGAAGUUCUUUUUUCGUAUUUAGACAUUUCUGACCUUAGGAGUUGUUCUCUGGUGUGCAAAAAUUGGUAUCGUUUCCUCAACGAUGAAAAUAAUGACGUUUGGAGGUUACAUUGCGUACGGAAGUUAGCCGAAGAAGCUUUAAAAUCGGAUCUACUCAGCAACGUACCAACUUACAAAGCUAAACUUCGAGCAUUUUAUCAUGCUUGGAAUCCAAAUGACUGCUCCAGAAACGUUUACAUAAAAUCGAACGGUUUUACGCUUCAUCGAAACCCUGUAGCUCAAACUACAGAUGGUGCCAGAGGCAAAAUUGGUUUCAAAACCGGACGUCAUUGUUGGGAAGUAUGGUGGGAAGGACCACUGGGAACUGUAGCUAUGAUAGGGCUGAUGACGAAAGACUCUCCUGUUCAAUGCCAGGGUUAUUUUCCUUUAGUUGGAGGAGACAGCAAUAGUUGGGGAUGGAAUUUGGUGGAUAAUCAUUUGAUUCACAAUGGAGAUAGCCAGGGAGACUACCCUCCUUUAAACAAUGCACCAAAAUACCAAGUUGGUGAAAGAAUACGAGUCAUUUUAGACUGCGAAGAUAACACAUUAGCAUUUGAAAAAAAUUACGAAUUUCUUGGAGUAGCAUUCCGAGGCCUGCCAAACACACAGCUGUACCCAGCAGUUUCAGCAGUUUACGGCAACACAGAAGUUUCCAUGGUGUAUUUAGGGCCCCCUUUAGAUGGUUGA